GCGCAGUUCAAAAUGGUUCUUUCCUGGAUCGUGUGAUAUUUCUCUGAUCAAAGGCUAAUAUAAGCAUUUCCAUUGUGCAGAAUAUAAGAACAAUAACGGUAAGUUCUAAAUAUUAGUGUAAAUCGAUUCUAUGCAUGUCUAAUAAAAUUUUUCCCUUAAUGCCUAACAUUUCUGCGAUAGAAUCAUGCCUUGACUUUUAGCCGAUUGUAAUUUCCUUGAAGCGAUGACGUGUUUUAAAAUUUUUUUUUACGUUCUGCAGCAAACAACUGAUAUAUUUGAAUUAAACAUCAGAUUUAAUACUUCGAUCCGUAUAAGGAAAAGGCAUUUUUGUAGAAUUUCCUAGGCCUAUUUAAUGCUAAGCUUUCCAGAUGGCGCUGUUAUUCGCUCUGAUCUAAAUUAAAUUUUGAUUACUAUACUUUUCUUGCUAAGAAAAGAAGUCCAUUUAAAUAAUUUUGUAAUAAAACGCUAAAUACCUUUAAUCUAUUUAAAUAGAAUACCAUUAAAAAUUAUAGCUAUGAUUAAAGCGUUCAUCUUAUUAUAUUCAUUCCCUUCUUGUUUUGAUAGAAUCACUUACGUUAUAAAUUCUAUUUAGAGAAUUUUAUUUGAUCAAAGUUCACCUUAUAAAAAGAAUAUUGUUACUUUAUUAAGACAGAGUUUACAUGUUUGUUUUGUAAAUACGAUUCAAUUUUAUAAAACGAUAGCAUAUAUAUAUAUAUAUAUAAUUUAUAUUAGUAUAUUAAUAUAUAUACUGUAUAUAGAAUAACGUAUGUGAUGCUUCCAUAUGUGACAGGACGAUAAAUAAUGAUACCCUUAGCUUUUUAAUCAACAUAAUAUAGAUCUCUUAUACUUUUUCGUUACUGAUUUUAUUCAUUAGCUUCUUGAAUUAUUUAUAGUAAAAAUAAUAAAGAUUUCCUCCCAAACAUUUAUUAUCUUACCAUCAUCCUCCCUAUGCUUUUAUUAAUUUUAUUAUUAUUACCUAAUUGUUCACUUAUUCUCUCUUUCUCUCUCUUGCUUUACAGUUAAAAACGAAUAUCAAUUUAAAUUAUGGCAGAUAAUAUUGUGUCAUCAGUUUUGAAUGGUGUAUCAUAUUUCUUCGAUGCGUUAACAUACAUUCCAUACAAAAUUAGUAGUGGUUCACAAGUUUCCGAACGCUUACGACGCUCUGAGGAAAUUCGGGCUAAGCAAUUAGAUCCUAGUGAACCUCUUUCUCCUUGGCGUCAUAUAAACAACUUGGACAGCUUAUGCGAAUCUCCUUUUCCUGAUUGCUAUACAAUUUGUGAUUUAUUCAAUCGGUCUCUUAAACUUAACACGAAUAGACCAUGCUUUGGUACAAGACCAGUUUUGUCUCUAAGCGAAGAAAAGCAACCUGAUGGAAAAGUCUUUCAGAAGAUGAUUUUAGGCGAUUAUGAAUGGCAAACCUAUCAGGAAGUCGAUGUCAGAAUUGAUAAUGUUGGGAGGGGAUUAACAAAACUGAAUCAGCAGCCCAAAUCUAGGAUUUUAAUAUUCGCGGAGACUAGAGCCGACUGGGCAGUUUGUAUGCACGCCUGUUUUAGGUAUAAUUUUCCUAUUGUUACGUUAUACGCUACUCUGGGAGAAGAAGCUAUAAUUCAUGGAAUAACUGAAAGUGAAGUUACUCAUGUUAUCACAUCUGCUGAAUUAUUGCCAAAAUUUAAGUCAUUAAUGUCCAGGAUACCAAAAGUCACCAAUAUUAUUUAUAUGGACGGUAAUAAGCCACUUAAGGGUUUUACAUUACCUGGUAACGUAAAAAUUACACCAUUAAGUGAAGUUGAAAGUAUUGGCUCUUCACCUAUUCAAAAUUUCAACAAAAGCGAACCAAAACCCCACGAUAUUGCUGUAAUUAUGUAUACAAGCGGCUCUACUGGUGUACCGAAAGGAGUUUUGAUAUCACACUAUAAUAUAUUAUGCGCAGUUGCUGGACUAUCUGAAAGAAUUUUCCACCUUGGCGAGGAGCUAAAGAAUAAUAGAAGGGUUAAAAGUGAAGAAGACGUCUACAUUGCCUAUCUUCCUCUUGCUCAUAUUUUGGAACUAACCUGUGAAAUAUCACUGAUUGCUUAUGGAGCAUCUCUGGGUUUUGGAUCACCAUUAACCUUGACUGACAAGUCACCUAAAAUAAAAUCGGGUUCAAAAGGUGAUUUGGCAGCACUUCGCCCAACAUUGAUGGCUGGUGUACCCCUUGUGCUAGACCGCCUGUUUAAGUUGGUUUGGGAAAAUGUAAAUGGCGGUGGUUUCGCUAAAAGGGUUCUAUUCAAGUUUCUCCUCUCAUACAAGAGGCGCCAUUAUAGCAGCGGUUCAAAGACUCCGCUUUGCGACGCUCUAAUAUUUAAAAAAUUGAAUUCUAUAUUGGGUGGUCGUCUAAGAAUGAUUGCUUCUGGAGGAGCUCCUCUUUCAGCGGAAACCCAAAAUUUCAUAACUCUUGCCUUCUGCUUUCCUUUGGGUCAAGGAUACGGUUUAACUGAAACUUGCGGAGCAGCUAGUCUCUGUGAACUAUCUAGAGAUUUAUCUGCCGGCCAUGUGGGUCCAGCACUUAGGAGCUGUGAAUUACGAUUAAGAGAUUGGACGGAAGGUGGUUACACAGUUCUAGACAAACCUUUUCCUCGAGGAGAAGUGCUAGUCGGAGGAGGAAAUGUUGCUCUCGGCUAUUUUAAGAAUGAGGAAAAAACCGCUGAAGAUUUCAUUACCCUAAACGGCAUUAGAUACUUUUGUACAGGAGAUAUUGGCGAAAUUGAUGGUCACGGAAGAUUAAGAAUUAUAGAUAGGAAGAAAGAUCUUGUUAAAUUGCAAGCCGGAGAAUAUAUCUCUUUGGGAAAGGUAGAAACCUUGCUUAAGUUAUCGCCUGUUAUUGAUAACAUAUGCGUAUACGCUGACUCUUAUAAAGAUUUUGCUGUUGCUCUUAUCGUACCAAAUCAUAAAGCCUUGGAGAAUUUGGGUCAAAAAUUGAAUAAAACAUUCAAUAAUUAUACUGAUCUAAUCAAUGACGAUGACGUUUUGAAAAGCGUCAGGGAUGAAAUUGGAAAACAAGCUAAAUCUUCCAAGCUAUUACGUACGGAAACUCCUCAGCGGAUUACCUUAGUCAAAGAAGUUUGGUUACCAGAAACUGGAUUGGUUACGGCAGCAAUGAAGUUAAAGAGAAGAGAAAUAGAAAAAUUCUAUAGUGCCGAUUUAGAAAGGAUGUAUAACGAAUAGGUCACUUUUUCCUCAUCACAACUAGUCUUCUUAGAAUAUAGUCAAUUACUAGAAACUUUUUAAUCGCAAAAAAACAAAGCUCUUAUCUAUCUCAAUAAAUUAGUCUCUUCUUUUCUUUUUAUAUAUCUAUACAGUAUAUGUUUGUUAUAAAUGUUAAUGAAGUAUCACAGAAUUUUCCUUUCCCUUUUUAAUUUUUUUUUUUAAAAAAAAAGGAAGGCAAAUAAAAAUUCAACUAUUUUUUUUCUGUUUUA